AACAGAGCUGAUAAGAGCGAGACAGAUAUAUUGCGAAUUCGCGGCCAGUGCUGUUAAGCGCUCAAAUGAAUUAAUUGCGGGGUCGGCGGCAUGAGUGCAGUGAAAAUGUUUAGCGUUGAAGACGGCAGCGCAAGAUUUGAUUAAGAAACAAUUUACAAACUGUGCGUAAAUAUUUGAAAACCAUAAGCUUAAACUAAUAAAUUACGCUCGCAAUAGCCGUUGCGUUUAAGUGUCCAUGAUCAUAUCUGUGUUUGCCCCAUGUGAUUGUGUUGUUUGCGCCGGCUGGACGCCAAAAUUACAAAUUUAUUUUCAAUUGCAAAAAUGAAAAAGUGACAAAUAUGUAUAUUGUAGGUGCUGCACUGGAUUAAUCUCAAGUGGCAGAUAAAGAGCGCACGCAAGCAAAUAACGUGUCUAAUCAAUGCAAAUGUUUACGUUUAUAGUUUAAUUGCAAUACAACAAGAAUAAAAAAGUGAAAACAGGCCAUGAGCUGGUAGAGUAGAGUAGAGUAUUGUCGCUAGUGUGUGUGGUGUACGUGCACAAACAGAAGCAGUAACCGAAACAGACACAGAAACAGACAUCACUGAAAGUCAGCAGGAGGUGGGGCCCGACAUUGCCGUCGCUGUCGUCGUUGCCUUCGUCGUCACCGUCGUUGUUGUUGCCUUUGUUUUUGUUUGGCAUACAAAACACGCGGCGUGCCGCUUAGCAAAAGGGCGGGAAGUUAAAUUAAAACCGUUUUCGUUUGCAAUUCGCAUUUUCGUUUCAUCUGUUCGGUAUUCCUUUCCACACACAGUUUUCGUUACUCUGCAUUUUACCGCGUGUGCAUUCUGGAAUUCAGCCUCACGAUUGGGGGGCUGUGGAAAUGUCGAAGCUGGGCGAGCACAAGCGUGUGUCCCUCACCACAAUCAGCACUCAAAGGAGCAGUUUUAAUAGCAAAGAAGCGGGCUUCAAUGCUGUGCCGCCGAUACUCUCGCGAUUCGGUGACUUUCUGGACACGGAUGCAGUGCAGCCCAACAAGAGCAGCAAGUCGGCCAACAAGAGUGUUCGACUGCAACUGGAAUUGUUUGAAACGGACUCCAGUCGAUAUCCCGAGUUCAACUAUUCCAAGCUCUUGUACCUGGAGAAGAAAAAGGCAAAAAUGCUGAAAAUGAAGACAAACACUGUCAGCACUGAUCCAUUUGCCGAUAAUGAUGACGAUGUGGCACGCAUUGCCAAGGAACUGGAGGCCAAGUAUGGCAAUUCCUAUGCCAGGGGACGUGGACGCCGCAAAAAGGAUGAUUUCCAUGACAUUGGCAUGGGUUACGAUGAGUCCGAUUCAUUUAUAGACAAUACCGAAGCGUAUGAUGAAAUCUUACCUGAGGAGGUUGAGACUUUGGAGGGUGGAUUUUAUAUUAAUUGCGGCGCAUUGGAGUUCAAGAACCUCAACAAGAAGUCAAGCACCAGGCGCACCGAUGCCAUCAUCAAAAUGCCGGAGAGAUCACGCAAGCGUGUUGUCUCCAGCAGCUCGGAUGAUUCGUCCGAAUCAUCAUCUGGAUCAUCAAGCGACAAUGAACAGGAUGGAGCAAAUAAUAAAGUCAGCAGUAACAAUGAUAACGAUAACGAUGAUGGUGAUGAGGACGACGAAGAUGAUGAUGAUGAUGAUGACGAUGAGGAUGAGGAUGAUGGCAGUGAUUCGGACAGCGAUAGUGAAAGUCUCGAUGGCUCCGAUAGCGACAGCGAAAGCCUCGAUGAUGUGGACAGUGCCAAAUCUGUUAAUACCAACGAUAAAAAGAAAUUCAAGAAAAAUGCUGUAAAGUUACCCAAAACCAGUGCCGAUGUCAAGCAGAAGGCCGCCACCAAGAAGACAAGCAAUAAACUGAAUGUCGCCACGUCCUCCUCGUCGAACUCGCCACGUCCCAAUGCCAUCGAAGUCUCAGACUCUGAGGAACGACAAGCUCAAGCCCAGGCUCUUAAGAAGGUUGUCAAGACCACAACCGUCAAGGAUAUGCUGAAGGCCAAACGGGAUAGUUUCCUUAAAUCCCAGGGCCAAGUCGAUGGACCGUCCAAGAGCGUUGUCAAUGGAGAAGUCAAGUGCACAACCUCAACGAAUGUGGAGUCGAGCAGUGAGAAUGGUGACACCGAUUCUGCCAGUGAGCAAGGAAGACCCGAGAAAGGACCAAAGGGAAAGGAUGGCAAUGACAAUCUACGUACCGCGGAUACCAUUUUACCGGCAACACUUGAUAAAGACAUUCUGGCCAACAUUAACAGCUUUAAGGAAAUGGUUAGAAGCAGAGAUUUGUGCGGCAAAAGGUUCUACUUUGAUAGCAAACUGACGGCGCUGCUGCUCAAGAUCUACGAGGCUCUGCUUUGCACAGAGCGCAACGAAAGGAACAUGGUGUUUGCCCAUUUAGAGUAUCAGCUGCAGCUGCCCAAAUAUUUCAUACUGCGCAGGGGGAAGGCGCUACGUGCCAGGGAGGAGAAGAACAAGACUACAAUUGCAUUGGAGAAACUACGCAAGGCCGUGGCCGAGGUUAUGCCCAAGGCUAUUGCCGACUAUGAGAUCGAGUUGCAUAGAUUUGCGGAACUUGCUGCGGCGGAUGUUAAUUCGGAGCAUCCACCAAAGAUGCCACGCAAGAAGUUCGAGUGGACCGAUGAACUACGCGAGCGUCUCUACGAAGUCUACCAAGCACGAUGGACAUCCUAUGCAGUGUUGGGCAAGCGAAAGGAUUCACUCGAGCAGUUCAUCAAUGGAUACCUUAAGGAAAAGUUAGUGGAUCUGUGGGCCACCGGCUGGAUGCGUUGCGAGGAACUGCAGCGUGAGAUUAGACGACACAAGCACGACAGCAAAAAGCCUAAAGAGAAGGCAAAGAAGCCAUCAUCAUCAACGGCAGCAGCGGCAGCGGUCAGUGGAAGCACAGCCACUGAGAUUGUCGCACCAGCAUCAUCCACAUCAACUGCCAACAAUUAUCUCAAACAAUUGGAUGAACUGACGGUCACUGAACAGAGUCGAUCGCGUGCCAAUUCCGAUACGGAUUCAGCUACAAGUGCCUCAUCAAAUAGUGUAAAGCGUAAACUUGAUAUUCCAGCCAACGGUGCUGUUGUGGCGACCGUUAAACCGCCCAAAAUCAAGUUCCAACAACAGUUGGCGGCAACUCUUGCACAGAUGUCACAGGCGGCGGCAGCAGCAGCAACAACAACAACAACAGGAGUUGGAUCAAUGCCAGCUGUUAACAAUUACCUGAAACAAUUGGAUGAUCUGACGGUCACAACACAGAGUCACUCGCGAGCCAAUUCCGAUACAGAUUCGGUUGCAAGUGCCUCGUCAAGUGGCCUGAAACGCAAAUCAUCCACAGCACAAUCGAAGCAAGUUGUCAAGCCGCCCAAGAAGAAGAAACAGCUGACGCAGACGGACACAAUGAUGACACAACCGAGCACGUCGGCGCAGGCAGCUGCAUUGAAUGCAGCUGUUGUGGCAGCUGCGGCAAGCAUGUUGGAGCUGGCAUCGCCCACCAAACAGACGGAUCACAGCAUCUACAACAUUAUGACGGCCUCAGCUCUCAACUCGGCACAGGCACAACCACAGCCACAAUCACAGCCACACACUGCAUUACAUUCCACAACACGGCCAGUGCCGCAUGUCAUCAAUCUGGAUAACUAUAAGAAUCCCAGCGAUAUAUUGCAGACAUCACAGCAGUUGGCAGCUAAUAAUUGGACAAGUGUGCAAGCCGCUGUGGUGCGUUGCGAGAGCAGCAGCGAGUCGGAUGGCGUCGAGAUCGUUGGCGUUUUUCCAGCAGCUUCCAAAAUGGCCAACACAGUCAGCAGCAAGUCGAGAACGAAGACAAGUCAGAAGAGUAAGGCCGCGUCAGUGAUAAGCACAACGGGCACAGUGCCCAAUGGCAUCAAUGGAUCACUUGGCUUUAAUCUCAACAAUAUGUACAUCAACAACAACAAUAACAAUAACAGUGCUGGCAGCAAGCUGGGAGCUGGCGUCAUACGUUCAUCUGUUUCCCCAACAACAGGAUCGUCGACAGCUGUUGCUUACGAUCUCACUCGUAGUCCGAAUAUAUUGAAGAAACUGUCGGAUUUGUCGGCACUCGAGAAGCAAAUGAAUUGGUCACCAUGCUCACUACUUUCCACACAAGGCCUUAAGGGUGCAGGCACGGCAGGAUCAAAUGCCGGCACUGGCGCCGGAACGGGCGCAACGGGUGCAGGGGCUGGUGUGGGAGCUGGAACCACAUCGCAUCAAUGACAUUUGGUGAAUGCCACACAGCCCCAAA